GUGUCCGUGGUGGGGCAGCAUUGACAGCUCGUCUCCUGUGCAUUGCCUGGACCCCCCGCUCGCGUAUUGGAAGCGAAGCCGGAGCUGUUGGGUGGCCCGUGGACGCGUCUCAGGUGACGCCUGUGGAUAGGAGCCCGUGUGUAGUCUAUGGGAUAGGGGCCCGUGUGUAGUCUAUGGGAUAGGGGCCCGUGUGUGGUCUAUGGGAUAGGCGCCCGUGUGUAGUCUAUGGGAUAGGGGCCCGUGUGUGGUCUAUGGGAUAGGAGCCCGUGUGUGGUCUAUGGGAUAGGGGCCCGUGUGUAGUCUAUGGGAUAGGGGCCCGUGUGUGGUCUAUGGGAUAGGCGCCCGUGUGUAGUCUAUGGGAUAGGGGCCCGUGUGUAGUCUAUGGGAUAGGAGCCCGUGUGUGGUCUAUGGGAUAGGCGCCCGUGUGUAGUCUAUGGGAUAGGGGCCCGUGUGUGGUCUAUGGGAUAGGGGCCCGUGUGUAGUCUAUGGGAUAGGGGCCCGUGUGUGGUCUAUGGUAUAGGGGCCCGUGUGUAGUCUAUGGUGUAGGGGCCCGUGUGUAGUCUAUGGUAUAGGGGCCCGUGUGUGGUCUAUGGGAUAGGGGCCCGUGUGUGGUCUAUGGGAUAGGGGCCCGUGUGUGGUCUAUGGUGUAGGGGCCCGUGAGUGGUCUAUGGGAUAGGGGCCCGUGUGUGGUCUAUGGUAUAGGGGCCCGUGUGUGGUCUAUGGGAUAGGGGCCCGUGUGUGGUCUAUGGUGUAGGGGCCCGUGAGUGGUCUAUGGGAUAGGGGCCCGUGUGUGGUCUAUGGUAUAGGGGCCCGUGUGUGGUCUAUGGGACAGGGGCCCGUGAGUGGUCUAUGGGAUAGGGGCCCGUGUGUGGUCUAUGGGAUAGGGGCCCGUGUGUGGUCUAUGGGAUAGGAGCCCGUGAGUGGUCUAUGGGUCCGCCUAUCCCCAGGAUGGGAUGGGAGCACACAAAAGCACAAGGUCUUCUCAGGCACCGUCAUGCCCUCUCCCUUCUCUAGGCUUGCUAAAAGUGAACCUCUCUGAAGCAAUAUCUGCACCGGUUUUAAAAAUUCAGGUUGGCCUGCCUGCGAUUUAACCAGGCUGAAUUAAGGAGUUCACAGCUCCUUGAAGGAUCUGGACACGUUCCUAUCGGUGAGCUCCUCCGGCAGGAGAGGAUGCGUCGGCUGGGUCACGGCGCCCGCAUGCCCAGCCAACGCGUGUCCACGCAGCUUCUGUUUGGCCGGAUGGAGGGAGAUAAACGGGCGCGGCACGGGCUGGUGAAGAUAUGGGCUGAUGCGGUAUUGGAGGCUGUGGAGCUCAGUGAAUUUGCUGAAGACCGGUACGAGUGGUACAAAGAUCGACCUCUGUGGAGAAUGAUCGUGAAGGAUGCUGCUUGGCAGUUGGAGGCAAUUGCCCUCCUUCAACAACAGAGGGCAGAGGAGCGAUACUCACAACGAGUUGAAGAGCCUGGUGGAUAAAACGCAGCAAGUUGGCAUAGCAGGGACUACAGGGCAGAGUCUGACUUGCAAGUCCACCACGAUCAGCAACACGAUCACCCCGACACCACUGCUGCCCGAGUCCCAAGUUGACUGCUCCCCGAGCCGCUGCUGCUACACACGGGACAAUGUUCCUGCAUGGGUGAGACCAGUUGUAAGGAAAGUGGCUCGGGAAUUGGACCGUUUUUUCCCAAAUCCUUUUGCCGAGGAAAUUCGAGGUUUAUCUUCUCUCCUGUCGAUCGACCUGGGUGACAUGGUCAUACUUAAUAUCUUCAAUGAAUUCAAAAUGUUCUGCACGAGUAUAGUCGCUCAGGACACUGCUGGGAAUAUUUACCACGCACGCAACCUCGACUACCUCUACACAGAUUUCCUGCGGAAUAUCAGCGUGGACAUCGACUUCACUCGUGACGGAAAGGUUUCUUUUACAGGGACUACAUUUGUUGGCAACGUUGGAGUGGCAAAUGGCCAGCGACCUGAAAAGUUCACGCUGUCUAUCGAUGCAAGAGACGGUGGUUCAUGGUGGGAGAGUGCGAUCGAGGCUCUGCUGGGACGUGGCCACGUCGUCACAUGGCUCGUGCGCAACACUCUGUCCACAGCCACAGACUUCAAGUCUGCUGUGGUGGCUCUGUCCCACCCCCCUCUCAUCUCAAACACGUACUUCAUCGUGGGAGGUGUAAAUCCCGGUGAGGGGGCUGUCAUCACCCGUCGCAGAGAGGCUGCCGUGGAUACUUGGUUCCUGCAGCCCCACCAGGGCAUAUGGUACCUCGUGGAGACGAACUACGAUCAUUGGAAGGCUCCUCCUGCACGCGAUGAUCGACGGACUCCUGCCAUGAAAGCUCUCAACAGUACCGGCCAAGCCAACAUCAACCUCCACUCACUCCUCAAGGUGCUGUCUGUGAAACCAAUUCUCAAUAACUUGACGGUGUACACCACGGUGAUGUCUGCUGCGCAGCCCCAGCGGUACCGCUCGAUAAAGCAGAUGACCCCAUGAAGUCGCUGGCAGCCGCUGCACAAGACGGCCACGGCGAUGCAGCUCGAUGAUGGGGGAGGAGAAGAGAGGCUCUCCGCGACUGCAGGGACGGCGAAGGAGGGAACGUAUCAAAUGAAAGAUGUUUUUCGUUGUCGCAGGAGACGCGUGGUGACUAUGGUAUUGUUGGUGGAGGCUUGAGCAGAGUAAUUGAGGCUUGGGGUUCUGGGUGGAUGGUUAAAAACAGGCAAUUUAUAACAAUAAGCGACAGCAGAGAGUAUUAUAUUUGCUAAUGUUCACAUGAGUGCGUGUUCCAGAGUCUACGCGCAGCUUCUUGGUGACAGUGAAUUACGAAUUGCCUCCUGGCGAAAUCGUAGUAAUAAUCAUGUUUACACAAUGUGGCAGUUAAAUAAAUACAACUGGCUAAUUCUUUUAUAAUUCUAUUAGGGUUGACAAAUCUAAAACAUUGCACUGGUUUUAUUCAACUGUGAACUGAUUAUGAUUGCUUUUGAAUAAAUUAGAAUUAUUUUCUCUCUA